AUGACGCCCUCAGGACCCCAUCCACUUGAUCCUCUGUCAGCCGACGAGAUCAAGCUUGUCGUCAAAGUCGUCACAUCCUCUCAUAAGAAUGUCAAGUUCAAUGUCAUUUCCCUCCAGGAGCCGCGCAAGGCCGUCAUGACAAAGUGGCUUGCCAAACCUUCCUCUGCCCCUAAGCCUCCUCGUGUGGCAGAGGUCACAGUGAUCGCCCCUGGUGGCAAGGUCGGCGAUGGUCUGGUUGACUUGCGCACGAGGAAAAUUGAACAGUGGAAGUGGCUUGACGGUUUGCAGCCUAUUAUCACCCUGGAGGAGCUUCAAGGUGUCGAGCAUGUUGUUCGAACUGACCCCAAGGUCAUUGAGCAGUGUAAGCUGAGCGGCAUUGGCGAAGACGAGAUGCACAAAGUCUACUGCGACCCCUGGACAAUCGGGUACGAUGAGCGCUUUGGCAGCAACGCGCGCUUCCAGCAAGCCCUAAUGUAUUUCCGACCUCACGUCGACGAUUGCCAGUACCAGUAUCCGCUCGACUUCUGUCCCAUCUACGACUCGGAAAAGGGGUCUAUUGUGCACAUUGACGUCCCCACCACUCGGCGACCCCUGAGACGCGAGGCCGAGAUCAACUACACGCCCGCUGCUGUGGAGAGGGCUGGCGGGUAUCGAAGCGAUAUCAAGCCUCUGGAGAUCACACAGCCGGAGGGUCCUUCGUUCAAGCUGAGUGGUCGCGAGAUGGAGUGGCAGAAUUGGAAGUUCCACAUCGGCUUCAACUACCGCGAGGGCAUCGUACUGAACAACAUUACAUACAACGACAAGGGCAACAUUAGAGACAUCUUUUACAGGCUCUCUCUUGUUGAAAUGGUCGUUCCCUACGGCAACCCAGACCACCCACAUCAGAGGAAGCAUGCUUUCGACUUGGGCGAAUAUGGCGCUGGGUACAUGACCAACAGUCUCAAGCUGGGCUGUGACUGCAAAGGGUACAUUCGAUACCUUGAUGCCGAGUUCCCCACCCAGGAUGGCCAAGUGCGUUACAUCAAGAACGCCAUUUGCAUCCACGAGGAAGACAAUGGCUUGCUCUUCAAGCACACCGACUUCCGUGAUGAUUCGACCAUUGUCACGCGCGCCCGGAAACUCAUCCUCCAGCAGAUCUUCACUGCUGCCAAUUACGAGUACGCGGUCCAGUGGAUCUUCCAUCAAGACGGCACCAUUCAGCCCGAGAUCAAGCUGACAGGCAUUCUAAAUACGUACUCCAUCAACCCUGGCGAAGACACCAACGGCUGGGGCACUGAGGUAUAUCCCGGCGUUAACGCCCACAACCAUCAGCACCUCUUCUGCAUGCGCAUCGACGCCAACGUGGAUGGACCAAAGAACACCGUCUUUAUGGUCGAUGCAAUGCCUUCAGAGGAACCGGUAGGGAGUGCAUCUAACAAAUACGGCAACGCAUUCUAUGCAAAGAAGACCAAACUAGCCACCACUGGAGAGGCCAAGACCGACUACAACGGCGCCACCGUGCGCACCUGGGAUAUCUCCAACACGUCCAAGAUUCACCCGUACAGCAAAAAGCCUGCAACCUACAAGCUCGUCAGUAGAGAAAUCCCGGGGCUUCUACCCAGGCCAGGUUCUCUGGUGCACAAGCGCGCUGGCUUUGCUCGCCACGCGGUGCAUGUUACCAAGUAUCGAGAUGAUCAGCUCUGGCCUGCUGGUCUUCAUGUGCCACAGACCUCUGGUGAGACCGAUGUUGGCCUGCCCGAAUGGAUUGGCGACGGCAAGGAGAGCGUCGACGACGAAGACGUGGUGCUGUGGCACACCUUUGGCCUGGUCCACUUCCCGGCGCCCGAAGACUUUCCUGUCAUGCCAGUUGAGCCCAUGACUCUUCUGCUGCGGCCACGCAAUUUCUUCGCCAGCAACCCGGUCAUGGACGUGCCACCGCAGCGGUCGGUGAUGCCGAGCCAGGUCAGCGCAGAGGGACCACCUCCCAGGCUGUGA